AUGGUUGUUCAGGCUUCUCUCAUACUGGUUCUCCUUGUAAUCUUCUCCUGCACUCUAGUAGCGAUUGCUGGAAUUCACAACCACAACAAUCAAACUCCUAAUGGCUCCACUCUCGCUGGCAUGGAAUUGCCAGAGCAUAUGAGCUUUAAUGCUGUCUCCUCCUCAUCCCACACUGGAUGUAGCCUCAGCAGCUCAAAGAAAACCAAGCAAUCAGAUUCAACCAUGGAAAAAGCAGUGUCCGAUAAUGAAGAAUCUGACGACGAGGAUGAUGAAGUAGUUGAUGAUUCUAUGACAAAAAUAGGACCCCAUAAACAAUCUGUGAAGCUCCACCUGAGGCACAGGUCACUGAACAGAGUAUCCGAGCGUAAGAGUUCUGUGAUUGAGUCCACAGUCAGAGACUUGGUCAGAAUUCAGACCCUCCACACAAGGAUUGUUGAGAAAAAGAAUCAAAAUACCAUUUCAAGGCUACAGAAAGACAAGAAGGUCCACGAAUUCAAGCCAGUUGUUGCUCCAGCAGCCUCGCCGGAGUCUUAUACAAGCGAGCUUUCCGGUCAGCUUCAGGCGACUUUGAAGUCCGGGGUCAGUCUCGGUUCUGGAGAGUACUUCAUGGAUGUUUUUAUUGGUACACCUCCUAAACACUUCUCUUUGAUACUUGAUACUGGUAGUGAUCUUAAUUGGGUUCAAUGUGCACCUUGCUAUGCUUGUUUUGAGCAAGAUGGACCACAUUAUGAUCCUAAAGAUUCCACCUCUUUUCGGGACAUAAGUUGCCAGGAUCCGCGGUGUCGAUUGGUUUCGUCCCCGGAUCCUCCUCAGCCUUGCAAGGCUGAGAACCAAACAUGUCCCUAUUUCUACUGGUAUGGGGACAGUUCCAAUACAACUGGGGAUUUUUCCCUUGAAACCUUUACUGUUAAUCUCACAUCACAUACUGGGAAGGCAGACUUUAAAAGAGUGGAGAAUGUGAUGUUUGGAUGUGGCCAUUGGAAUAGAGGCCUGUUUCAUGGGGCUGCAGGAUUGUUAGGACUUGGGAGAGGGCCUCUCUCCUUUGCCUCUCAGCUUCAAUCACUUUAUGGCCAUUCAUUCUCAUACUGUCUGGUAGAUAGAAAUAGUGACACCAAUGUUAGCAGCAAGUUAAUUUUUGGGGAGGACAAGGAGCUCUUGAGCCACCCAAAGUUGAGCUACACCUCAUUGGUUGGAGGCAAAGAAAACCCUGCUGAUACAUUUUACUAUGUCCAGAUAAAAUCCAUCAUGGUUGGAGGGGAAGUGGUUGACAUACCAGAGGAGACUUGGAAUUUGACACCAGAAGGUGCUGGAGGCACAAUCAUUGAUUCUGGCACCACACUGAGUUAUUUUGCAGAUCCUGCAUACCAGAUUAUCAAGGAGGCAUUUUCAAAGAAGGUUAAAGGCUAUCCAGUUGUAAAAGACUUCCCAUUUUUAGAUCCUUGUUACAAUGUGUCUGGUGUUGAGAAGAUAGAGCUUCCAGAAUUUGCAAUUCUGUUUGCUGAUGGAGCAGUUUGGGAUUUCCCAGUUGAGAAUUACUUUAUCCAGAUCGAUCCGCAAGAGGUUGUUUGCUUGGCAGUGCUAGGAACUCCAAAAUCUGGUCUCUCAAUCAUUGGUAACUAUCAGCAGCAGAAUUUUCACAUCCUCUAUGACACAAAGAAGUCUAGGCUAGGAUAUGCACCAAUGAAAUGUGCUGAUGUUUAA